AUGGGCAAAGGAGAUCCUAAGAAGCCGAGAGGCAAAAUGUCAUCAUAUGCAUUCUUUGUGCAAACUUGCCGGGAGGAGCACAAGAAGAAGCACCCGGAUGCUUCAGUCAACUUCUCAGAGUUUUCUAAGAAGUGCUCAGAGAGGUGGAAGACCAUGUCUGCUAAAGAGAAAGGAAAAUUUGAAGACAUGGCAAAGGCGGACAAGGCCCGUUAUGAAAGAGAAAUGAAAACUUAUAUCCCUCCUAAAGGGGAAACAAAAAAGAAGUUCAAGGAUCCCAAUGCACCCAAGAGGCCUCCUUAG